AGUAUCCAAAACGUUGACAGAAUAAAUAAUAACAAAUUUUAUGGUUAGAAAUGAAAAAAUAUCGCCGAUAAUAUUAUUUUUAUAGUUAGCAAGCUAUAGUGAAAAUUAUCUAAAUGUCGCAGAAUAAUAUAACUACCGUAGUUAGAACUGCGCCACAACAAGACUUGAUGAAUGAAUUGAAUUUUUUCUUAAAAGGUGUAACGAAGAAAGAACUAUGUAAUGAAAUUGAUUUGACUAAGUCUGCACUAAUUCUUUUAAAAUGCCUACCUUCUACUAAAAUAGCCGUUUUAGAAUAUCUUUGUAGCGUCUUUGAAAACGCGGCAAAAAUAUAUAUACAAGCUCUUGAGACUGAAAUAAAUACAGGAAAAGCGCCGCUUUCUUCAGAAGAUGAUGAAUUGAUAGUAUCAGAUAUACAUUCGGUUCUUUCGACUUUAAUUGCUGAUAAUCCAGUUGCUUGGGCACCUUUGAUAAGUUCGUGGUCAUUAGAAUUACUCGGGGAAAUUUCCAGCAAAUAUUCUGGGAGAGCACAUUUUUCAUCAAAUUUAAAUGAAACUUUACAAUUAUGGAUGAGCUGUAGAGGAACUAGAACAUUGAUGGAUAUCAAUACAAAAUGUUUAUCUAGUCUCAUCCAUUCUAAUACAGAAGCAUGUAUUAGUGCGCUUUUAGAUACUUCUGUGAAACAUUCACCACAUUUUGAUUGGGUUGUCGCUCAUGUUGGUAGUUGUUUUCCCAAUACAGUGAUAACAAGAGUAUUGUCUGUUGGUCUGAAAGAUUUCUGCCAAAAUAAAUCCUAUGAUCAAGAAUGUAAUGCACCAAAAUUAAAGUCUGUUGUUGGUAUAUUAGGCCAUUUAGCCGGUAGCCACGUAGAAGAUAUUAGAAAAGCAAUUUUGGAUAUGUUUGUUUGGAGCCUUAGGGAAACAUUACAAGACACAGAUAUAGAAAGAUUACAGAAAAAAGCGACUGUGCCAUAUAUUCUACAACUAAUAUAUCUGUCAUCAACAUUGCUUUCUUCAAUUUGUAUUGAUAUUAGAAAUUUUUUGACGGUAGAUGUUAUUGUGAGGCUGUAUUAUUUUGUUGAAAAUUGGUGUAAAUAUUUUGGAACACCAGAAGCUCUAGAGGAAUUAGUGACAUCUUUAAUCCUUCGUUGUGAGAAUAAUGGUAUUCAGCUAAUAAAGCUCAUGUUUGAAUGCAUAUUAAUAGACAAUAUUAAAACAAAUGAAGAGAUUAAAAAUGAAAUAGUAGAUAAAACCAAAGAUCUUCUUACGAUUGUAUUACAAGAAAUGGAGGAAUCUAUUAGACAUAACAAUGCAGUUGGUCUUAUUCAGUCUUUGUCAAAGGAAAGUACAGAAUUGGUACAGAUGCUACUGAGUACGGAAAAAGUUAUAUCCGAUACUGCCGCACAAAUUGUUGUACUAUUAGGUCAUCUUUACCCAUCAUUGUUGAUAACAAUCAUUCAAUGUUUAUUGAAAUCAUCUACUACUGAUAACCAGUUGAUUUUACUGAUAAAAAUUUUAACAAAUGAUCUUAUUGACAAAACAGCGUUGCCCUAUUCAGAAAAAGGAGGACAUUUUUCUGUUGUAGUUGAACAAAUAUUAAAUCGUAAUAUUCAAAAGUUUUGUACAUCAAAUGAAGAAAAUUUAGAUUUAUCCCAAAUGUGGCAUAAUCUUUUGAAAAUGUUAAGGUGGGAAAAAAGUGACAAAGCUCCUAUCUUGAAAUCUAGAAUAAUUACAAGGUCUUUGGAAGCCAACUUGACAAAUUUAACUGCUUUAUUGAGCAAUGAAGUAUUGCAUAUGCAUGUUAUAGCAGAUAUAUUGGAUACCAUGGAAAUACCUGUAUUAAAUGCUUCAUACAAUCCACCAAUAGCAGUGGUUUUAAAUUUGACUCAAUCAACUGUAAACUAUUUCUUUGCCUGUUGUAAGGACAAUGGUACUGCUUCAAAGUUGAAGGGAUAUAAAAAAGUAAACAACAUACUUAAACGAUUGUGUUUAUAUUCUAAGGUUGCUAAAGUAUUAGCUCUUAGAGAGCUAUUGGAAAGAGCUUUAUUUCGUUGUGAUAAUAUUCUGUUUGGUGCUAAGAUUAAUGAGAUAGAUAACGACAAUGAAAAAAUGCUUCUGAAGCAAAAUAAAAAAAUUAGCAAAACUAUACCUCUUACAAAACAUUCUACUGUUUUCAAUGGUGGUAUAAUUGGUACGGGUAAAAGAAAGUCUGUAACAUAUGACACACUUCCCUCUCAGACAAUAGCGCAUAAUAAGAUUCAAUUAAUAAAUGCCAUCAAAGCUUGUUGCGCUUUACCAGAUGAACACAAAUAUACAGAUAUGUCUUGGGAUAGUAUGACGCUUUUAUCAUUAUUAUUGGUACAAUUUGUGAGUCCUGAUGUUAUGUACAACGGAUUACCAUGGCCAGAGGAGGAAUUUUCAAAGGUAACAAUGGAAAGAGAUUUAUUUAUUAGAAGACUUUUUACUAAUACACCACUCCUUUGGGAUAUACUUAGUUUUGUAGCAGUUUAUCGUCCAGCAGUUUGUUAUUGUUCAGUAUUAAUAAGGGCUUUAACGGCCACUUUGAUAAAUCAGUGGAAGAGUAUGGGUGAACAAAGUAAAGACGACGAUUCUGAAAAUUAUAAAAAUUUAAUGUACACAACAAUUCAGUUAAUAGAUAUAAUGGCACUGGGGCAACUUCUACCACCUCCUCUGUCUAGUAUCCGAGAUGUUUUACCAUAUCUAAAGUCCUUCGAGAUUGUUGCUGUUCUGAGAGAAUGCGUUUGGUGUUAUUUGAGAGAUCAUAUUCCCUCUCCCGCAUUAUUUGGUUGUGAUUCUAAUGGAGUUCAUUGGAGAGAUCCCAUCAUCGCUAGACCGCCGGACAUUUAUACAAAUACUCUAAGGAUUAUAAUGCAGAGGAAUAUAAAGUCUUUAGGUCAUAUGUAUGCACAGAUGUUUAUUAAUGUACCUUCACAUGAAUCCUAGUUGUUUAAAUUGGAAUAUAAUUUAUAAUUUUAGUAUUAGAUUUAUUAUUUAAAUCAAUGCGUUUUAUAUUUUUUUUUUCUCUUUUACUCAUUUUGUUCUAGAAGGAUUCUUUGACGAAAAACUAAAUAUUGCACACAAAUAAAUAUUUAAAGUUUGAGCCACUAACCAAAUAGAAAAUCUAUUUCAGCACAAUUUUUUUCAAGUUAAGAAUCACAUAACAGAUUUAAGCGAGAAAAGUUUUCUACUUAGUUACACUGGAAUGAAAUGUUAAACUUAAACUAAGAUAUAAUAGAUUUCAUUGUGAAAUCGUUAAAAACUCUUGUAUCAGACGGUCUUUUACAUGUUGUUAUAUUUAAGCUUGUUUUUAAGCUCUUUUUACUUAUUAGUUUAAGCGGUCUCUUUUGUGUAUGGUAUUUGUGAUUAUAUAUAUAGAAAGUAUUUUGCAAUAAGUAAAAGUGUUUUGAUCCUUUUAAUCGUACCUAAACUUGUAAAGAUAACGUUCAAUAAUAAGCUUCGGAAAUUUUUGUAUGGAUAAAUGUUUGAAAAUCUUCUCUAAUAUAUCACGUCACAAUAAAAAUAUUUAAAUAUUUACAAAUUGAUCCGAAAAACAUUUAAAACUCAACUUUUCAUAUAAAUAUGUCUAUAUAUUUAGUAAUCGUGUAAAUUAAUGUCUAAUCUUUUAAAUUCUUCAUCUUCUAAGAAUCUCCAUUUGUAUCCCAAAAUUUGCGAUACUUCUUUUUCGACCGAUUCAUACGUCUGACUAUUAGUUUCCAACCAAAAAUAAAAUUCGUCAGUCCAAUCGGGUUUCGGUUUCCAGUCAGUUUCUAUUAUCACAGCGUCACCACGAAUAUAUAAACGUUUUAAAUUCCUUCCGUAAUAAGCUAAAAGCAAAACCGUACAAGUUGAUAUCCUCUCAGUAAUUAUCUGAAAUAAAUAAAACGAUAGAAUCAGAUGAAACUAAUAUAAAUACACUUACCAACAUAGAUAAAUAUGUGCAUUGUUGAACUAACAUUACUAAAUUCUCGUCCGCUCUUUCGGUAAUUAAUUUUGAUUGUUUGAACAUAGGUAUAUUUUUGUGACCGUAAAUUCUUAAAUCAUUUCCAUAAAAAUCUAUAGCUGUCACUAUCGCAUCCAGUUUCACCUAUAAAUAAUAAUAUACAUAAUACGCUCAAACAAAUACGGGAAUAUAAUUUUCUUUGAGGUUCGGCCCUAAUUACAUAUUAUAAAAAUUAUAUACUCUCGAACACGUAAAUUAAUUCACGGUCUUAUUUCAUUUAUUAAUGGACGUUACAGGUACGAAACUGAUUGUUCUGCAGAAAGGACUGCUGUUGCUCUUACGAAUGCAGUUCGUGUCGCUACUGUAAAUAAAUAUGUACAGCAGUAGUCGUAAUAGAUUUAUGUUUUAUGUGAAAAAAUUUAAAUGAAAAGAAAUUUAUAAUAGUUAAUAUUUAUAAUGUGAACGUAUUUUUGAAUAAAAAUAUGAAAAAGAAAAUUUAUUC